AUGGCGGCACACCGAGCUUCCCCGCAGAACCAGGAUAGACGGAGGGCUGUGGGGCAGAGGAGCAAACAUGUGGCAGGUGCCACGGGGCCGUCGUCCGCCUCCACCGGGCCGCGCUUCGGGCAGUCGGAGGAGGAGCGUCCCUUCCCCACGCCUCCUGGCCAGUCGCCCACUGAGUCCACGGCCAGACACUCCUCGCGCUGCUCUGAGAACAGCCCAGCCGCGGCCCCGCUCAAGGGGAAGCAUAGGCACCUGCUGACGCACGCCUGGAAUGUCAACAGACCGUGUGACACAGGCCUCGCCAUGGUGUCUGGGUCCUGCGGGCCGGCCCUCCUCUGCUCUCUGCUCGGCCUGCAGGCAUCUCUGGCCGCAGUGAGGCGGCCGGCCCGGAGCGACCCCCCACAGCCGCCGUGUUUCCCGUUGCCUUACUCGGAGGGACGCGAAGGUUCCGUGCGGCGGCGCCGUCUGGGCGUGGCCAGCGGCCAAGGGCUCACGGACGGUUCCUCAGUCUUCCUCACCCAGGAGGAGGCCCACGGCGUCCUGCGCAGGCACCGGCGCGCCAACUCGUUCCUGGAGGAGCUGAGGUCCGGCUCCCUGGAGCGUGAGUGCGGGGAGGAGCGGUGCUCCUUUGAGGAGGCCCGGGAGAUCUUCCAGAACGCCGAGAGGACGAAGCAGUUCUGGGUUUCUUACGUCGAUGGGGACCAAUGUGCCUCGAAUCCGUGCCAGAACGGGGGUUCCUGUGAGGACCAGCUCCAGUCCUACAUCUGCUUCUGCCUCGACAAUUUCGAGGGCCGGAACUGUGAGACAAACAAGAAGGACCAGCUGAUCUGUAUGAACGAGAACGGAGGCUGUGAGCAGUACUGCAGCGACCAUGCAGAGACCAGGCGCUCUUGCCGGUGUCACGAGGGGUACGCGCUCCAAGACGACGGGGUGUCCUGCGCUCCCACAGUGGAGUAUCCAUGUGGAAGAAUACCUGUUCUGGAAAAGAGAAAUGGCCGCGACCCCCAAGGCCGAAUUGUGGGUGGCAAGGUGUGCCCCAAAGGAGAAUGUCCCUGGCAGGCUGCACUGAAGCUGGACGGCGUGCUGGUGUGUGGGGGCGCCCUGCUCGACGCUGCCUGGGUGGUCUCUGCAGCCCACUGCUUCGACAGAAUCAGGAACUGGGAGAACCUGACGGUGGUGCUGGGCGAGCACGACCUCCGCAAGGAGGAGGGCGAGGAGCAGGAGCGGCACGUCGCCCAGAUCAUCAUCCCCGACAAGUACAUCCCCCGCAAGACGAACCAUGACAUCGCCCUGCUGCGCCUGCGGACGCCCGUGGCCUUCACCAACCACGUCGUGCCCCUGUGUCUGCCCGAGAAGUCCUUCUCCGAGAGGACGCUGGCCUUCAUCCGCUUCUCCACCGUCAGCGGCUGGGGCCAGCUGCUAGACAGGGGCAUCACGGCCCUUGAGCUCAUGGCCAUCGACGUGCCCCGGGUGAUGACCCAGGACUGCCAGGAGCAGUCACACAGGAAGGCGGGCUCUCCGGCAAUCACCGAGAACAUGUUCUGCGCCGGCUACCUAGACGGGAGCAAGGAUGCCUGCAAGGGGGACAGCGGGGGCCCGCACGCCACCAAGUUCCAGGGCACCUGGUACCUGACGGGGAUCGUCAGCUGGGGGGAGGGCUGUGCAGCCGAAGGUCACUUCGGGGUGUACACCAGGGUCUCCCAGUACAUCGAGUGGCUGCGCAGACUCAUGAGCCAGAGCCCAACCUCGGGAGGCCUCCUCCGGGCCCCGCUGCCCUAGCCUCAGUGCAGGGCCACCCUAAU